AUGUUGAUUCCUCUCAAAACAUUUAUUACCACACCAAUUGUCAUCAACAUUGCCAUUGCUCUUUAUGCAAGAAUUGAUGUCAAAGUUAGAUUUGACAAUGUGUACUUGUUCAUUGGUGAUGAAUUUGGUACCGAUCGAGUGCAGCCAUUGACCACUACUAAGCCUGAUGGGAUAAGUGAAGAUUCUCUUGGUGUAUCUGGAUAA